GAUGGCGGAAACUGGUGGUCGUCAGCAGGGAUGUGUUCUGUAGUUUCGUAUUUUUUGACAAUUCCUCGUACAGUAUUCCGCAGUGGGCUAAAUUCUAAUAGUCUUUUACGAUUGAUAUGGAGGAGAAAUCUGGGUCUCUGGGUGCACAAGAAGAGAGAGAUCUCAAGAAGUUUUUGAAAUUUCUAUCGCAGAAGGCAGUGCAAGUGAUUGUUCAGUCACGUCUAGGAGAAAAGAUUCAUACCAAGUCUAAACCUACUGCAAUGGGCCAAGACUGGUUCAAUCUAGCAAUAAAUGAUAACCCAGAUGUAACAUCAGAGGUAAAAAAAGUGAUGAUAAAUGGAAGGCUUCCUUCUAAAGACAGUGCCAUGUGUGUGGAGAUAUCUCUGAAGUCUAGAGAUGGAGAAUCUAUGUUGUUAGAGACAUGGUGUCUUAGUAUGAAUGACAGGAUUGAUCCUAAUGCCAAGGUGACAUACACAGUUUAUAACAGAAUUGGAGUGCUUCUCAAGUCUCUUACAUCAGUGACAAGAGUUACACCAGCUUAUCAACUGUCACGCAAGCAAGGGACAGACUUCAUUCUGUGUUACAGGGUUUACUUUGGUGAAGUAAGGUUUCAAGAUUUAGGAGAAGGCUUUGCUACCCUGAGAGUAGGCUCCAUAGGUACCCCAGUUGGUUCCAUUACUUUAUCUGCUGCUUACAGGACAAAGCUGACCUUGCCAGAAAAACAACAAGUCAUGGUACAAAGUAACCAUUUCAGCUCAGAGUUGGCGCAGAUGCCUUCUGAUCAGCAGGAUGAUGCUUUGCCAUGUGGAGCAUUUGACUUAACAGCUGAAGCGAGACAUCAAAUCGCAGAGGAGAUAGCAAGUGCGACAGAAACGGAAGUAACCCGACCAACAACUGCAUCUUCAGACACUCCUCCGUCGACAGCUCAUAAACUCAGCUCAACAACUCCACCACUUGGGUUAAGGCGCAUCAGUCAAGAAGUUAACAGCACUGGGAAACACGAGAUGAGCGGACCCGGAAGUUAUUCUCAACCCACUGGCUGUGCAAAAAUGCGAACAAAGGGAGCCUUUGUGAGCAGUUCAGGAUCGCCUGAAAAUUCAAUGCUUACAAACCUGUCAUCUACUCCACCGUUUGCGUCGCUUUUAAGAAAAGAGGCUGAUAACAUACCAAGUGGUCUGCCGGCCUCAGAUAGCAACCUGAAAAAGUCCCCAUCAAUUCUACAUAGAAGGGACAGUUCAUCUGACAGAACAGAUGGCAGCAAACCAUCGACGGUGCAGUCUCCACCCUUCCCCAGUCAGCUUGUGUGGGAUGAUGACUUCGUUAUGGUAGAACUGAAACCAGCCUUCGCGUCUCAUUCAGCAACAUCAACCGGUGAUCUUGGUAGCUUCUUUCGUGAGUGUCAGACAGCACCUCCACUGAGUUUAUUUGAAGAUAAUGAGGUGUCAUCGCUAGAUAACAUUAUGGACCGUUUGGAUGGGGAAUUGUGUAGCUUUCGCGAGAACGCUUUCAAAUUUGACGAACUCUUAGCUGAGCUACAGCAGAGGUGAUAUCAGCUGGAGAUGAGCUUGGGUUUGAAAGUAAUUUGCAUUAGCACAAAGGAAGGAGAGAAUUCAAUUCGAGGCUACCGACUGUUUUGCAAGCAUCCCAUGUCUCUUUGACGUCCAUAGUAACCCGUAGAGCUGUUUCGUCAUAAGUCGGUUUGCUUUCCAAAUAUGGGACAGGCACCGUCAUCCACCUGCCUUGUAUUGCCAGGGAUUGAGUUAUGGGAUUUAAUCUCAUAUAGAGGUUUUCUUUCAAACGUAAUCCUUGCAAAGCUAUAGUUCGAAUGAAAGUAUCGAGUCUCUUGGAAAAUAAUUUAACAUUUACCUCUCGUAUUGCUUGAGGGUGAUGUCCGCUUAAAAAAAGAAUUUACAAUUUAGGAUCCAGUGUUGGUUUCUAGAUUUCCUCGGCAUCACCUAUAGCGGAAGUGAUCUAAAAAUAACUCUACCCUCUCUUGACUUUCAAGAAAUUUGGUGGGUGGGAACAGAAACAGGAAGUUUUUAGUUAAAGUUUUUCGAUAUACAUGACAUUAUGAACUUGUAGUAUUAAGAUCUUAAAUGGCCGUGCUAUUAUUUUAAGAUUAGAAACUUUGAAAAUGAAAUUGAUAAGAUUGCGAAUCCUCUGAGAUACUGCCGGCGUCACUCAGUUCUCAAACCAAAGCCUUAUUGAACGAUUUCUGUUCCUCGGGUUUACAAUAGAAUGCUUAGUACUCUCCUGGUGAGAUGAUUUUUAGGAUAUUGUUUUGAACACGUAUAGUUCUCGCGAUAAGCACUCUCUAUAUCAAGAACAACUUAGUUGCCAACAGAUCUUAUUGUAGACACGAUGGUGCGGGUGAUUUCUUCUUAAUUCGAUUUGACAAUGGCCGGUGGAAUCGAAACUUGUGAUAAUGUAGUUAAUUAUUAUUUGCAUGAAAGAUGAAAUGAUGAAAUUAUACAAAGAAAAUCUUAGUUUC